AUGGUUUGGGAUCAAGAUCAAGAGAAGGUAUUUCAGUCCUUGAAGAAAAUUUUAACUUCGGCUCCAGUUUUGUGUUAUUUUGAUCCCAAUAAAUCUACUAAGGUUUCUGCAGAUUCUAGGUCAUAUGGAUUGGGAGGAGUGCUAAGGCAGAGGUCUGGUAAGACAUGGAAGCCUGCAGCACUUUGUUCAAGAUUGCUGUCUGAAGCAAAACAAAUGUGGGUGCAAAUUGAGGAGUGUCUUGCAGUCAUGUGGGCAUGUGAAAGGGUUCAGCAGUUUUUGAUUGGAGUCUCUUUUACUUUGGAGACAGACAUAAACCUUUGA